AUGCCAUUAAUAACAGCUGCCGAAAUACCUCGAUGUUAUUCACUAUUGCUGAAAGAUGCUGAAGAUGUUCAACUUCACACCUUUGUUGAUGCCGGGGAAAGCGCGUAUGCAGCCGUUUGCUACUUGCGUGUAUCAAAGGGAAACGACGUCACGGUUAGUCUAGUGGCUGGCAAAUCCAAAGUCGCACCGCUAAAGCCAUUAUCGAUACCCAGACUAGAGUUGCAGGCGGCGGUAAUUGGUGUGAGGCUGGCGAACAUGGUAAGCAAUACGCAACGUAUUAACAUAAUGUCGAAAUAUUGGUGGACAGACUCAAAGACGGUGCUAAGAUGGAUGCGAAUGGACCCUAAAAACUUCCACCAAUUCGUGAUGCAUAGAAUAGGCGAAAUUCUAGAGGCAUCAAACGUAAGCCAGUGGCGGUGGGUUCCCUCGAGAAAUAAUCCCGCUGAUUUAGCUACAAAAACAACUACACGUCAGUGCUACCAAUUGUGGUUUACCGGCCCAAAUUUUUUAAGGUCGAGCGCAGAAGUUUGGCCGCAGUGCGAAGAGUUAAGCUUAGAGGAGUGCGACGAUUCAGAAAUUAAACAUUAUGUUCUACAUAUGAAAAAGGAACACAUGAACAACCUGAUGCUGAACGUGGAGCACUUUUCCAGCUGGAAACGUUUGUAUCGAGCUGUGGCUACAUUUUUAUUUCACUUCGACCGAUUACGCUCAGUUGUGCUAGCAAGGCAACGGAAAACAUCCAUCGACUUUGAUAUGAUUCAGAAAGCUCAAUGUCUUCUUAUAAGGUAUGCUCAGUCCAUUGAAUAUUGUGAAGAGAUCAGGUGCCUCAAACGCGGUAAGAAUAUUGACAACUCUAGCAAAAUCUUUACUUUAAACGUUUACUUAGACACAGAUGGCAUAAUAAGAUGCAAAAGUCGAGUUGAACACUUAAACAACCAUGAAGAUAUUAUACUGAUGCCUAAUUCUCAUCAUGUCACCUUUUUAAUAGUGCGUUGGGCUCACGAAAAUUUCCAUCACCUGAUGCAUGAGUCUGUAAUCAAUCAAAUUCGUGGUACAUACUUUAUAAAUCGACUGAGGGUGUUGUAUAAAAGAGUGCGCGCAGAGUGUCAAAAAUGUAAAAACCAUAGCUCCAUUCCUCAGCCGCCACAAAUGGCAGCGCUGCCGGCUGCAAGGAUUGCCGCUUUCGAGAGGCCCUUCACGUAUGUAGGUAUCGACUAUUUUGGCCCAUUGCUUGUCAUCGUGGGAAGAAGGCGAGAAAAGAGAUGGGGCGUUCUAUUUACAUGUCUAACGCUUCGCGCUAUACACAUCGAAGUUGCCCACAGCUUAAAGACCAGUUCCUGUAUCAUGGCGAUACGCAACUUUAUAUCACGACGCGGCUAUCCCAGGGAGAUAUUCUCGGACAACGGCACCAAUUUCAAGGCAUCUGAAAAAAUAAUUAGCGAGAGUCUGAAAAAUAUCGAUUUGAAUGGUAUCGCCUCAUCUUUCGACCGAGUAAAAUGGAGAUUUAAUCCACCAAGCGCCCCCCAUAUGGGUGGUGCAUGGGAAAGGCUUGUGAGAUCAGUGAAGACUGUGCUUUAUGAAAUACUACCUUCAACAAGUUUCAGCGAUGAAAGCUUGCGAAGUGCAUUGAAUGAAGUAGGAUUUAUCCUGAACGCCCGCCCGCUUACAUUUGUUUCUUUGGAAAAUGGUGACGACGAGGCUCUAACUCCCAACCACUUGCUGAUUGGGUCAUCGGAUGGCUACAAGCCAAUAUGUAGCGACACCGUCAAUCUGCGUCAACGUUGGCAAUUGACACAACAAUUCGCUGACCGCUUUUGGCAUCGAUGGGUGAAGGAAUAUAUACCGGUCAUCUCUAGACGUACCAAGUGGUUCACAAAACAACGCCCAGUACGUAUUGGCGAUGUCGUGGUAAUUGCAGACCAAGACCUGCCGAGGAACUGCUUGCCGAAAGGCAGAAUUGUAGAUGUGGUAAAAGCGAAGGAUGGCCAAGUUCGGAGCGCUAUGGUAGAAACCAAAUCAGGCAUUCUUCAUCGACCGAUUGCAAAAGUAGCGGUGUUAGAUGUCGGUACCUAG